UGUUUGGUGGAAUUAGAUGUGUAGUGCUAGGGCAAAAAUAAAAAUGUGUACCCCAGGAUCAGGAUUUCGCUACACUCGCAAUAACAUCUGCAUGUGACCAAUACAAUUGGAUUUGUAUCACUAUAAAACACCGAAUCGUGAUCACUAUGGGGAAAAUAAGCAGCUGUUAUAUUUGUGCAAUUUUUCCAAUCAUAUGAAAUAGUGAGUGUGGAACUCUUCGCCUUUCUGGUGGUGGCUGGCACUGGUAACUUGAAGUGUAUUUCCAACAUGGAAAAUCAUUCGUGUGUUCUUCGCGCCUUGGGCUUGUGCAUUUUUGGGUUUGUGUGUGAAAAAAGCCGAAAAAGAUUCGCUUGUCUUUCUUUAACCCCCUUUUGAGGGGCCCUUCUCUUCCUACCAGUGGUGGUGUACGCAUUGAAUGCGAAACUGAUGUUGGUUGCUCCAUAGAAAUAGAAUCAAAUGGUUUUGCUCUGCGCACUGACGGAAACAGCCUAUGACGUGGCAAACCAGCCUUGGUUCGUGGCUUGAUAAAUAAAUGGCAUAUGAACGCCAACAACAAGGGAGCUACAUCAAAGGAUUUAAAAGGAGAGAUAUCACUGCAGACCCAGCAACACAAGAAUGUUUACUGUGGAGGAGCGAGAGAAGGCCACCCUCAGGCAGUGUGUGCAGGCCCGCUGUCAGCUGGAGGAGGCCAUCGGCGGGGUGACGAGGGCUGAGGUCCAGCUCAAGGAUAACUCCAGAGAGGUGAAGUCCCAGCUUCAGACCUGUAUCAGCAGACACCUGGAGUCUAUGCGUUCCCGUGAGGUGUGGCUGCUGGAGCAGAUUGACCUUGUGCAGCAGCUAAAGGGAGAGGCUCUGCAGGCACAGCUACAUCAGCUUCACUUGCUCCGAGGCCAGUUUGACAUUCUCAUCCAUCAGCUGGAUAACUUCAACAGCAACGACUUGGCCAACCAGCUCACCGGCUGCAUGGAGAAGUUAUCUUCUCUGAACCUGACUCCUGAGGAAACCCCUGAGAUGAGCUUCCAGGCUGACACUCGUUCCCUGCGCCAGGCCAUCACCUCCUUUGGCACCAUUGCCACCCAGCACGUGGAAGGAGGCCCUGUGCUGAAUAUCUCCUCUCAAAGCUCAAAUGCCAGCGAGCGACAAUGGCUUCAGCAGGGUUGUCCAAUUGCAGCUAAGAAACAGAGGGUGGAGUUGGUACCUCUUGGAAACCGUCCAGAGACUACCGCCCCAGUUGGAUACCAGUCGAGUAAGAACCUACAGGAUUGGUUGAUCACCCGCAGUGAUGUUCGGUCAUCUUGCCCCAUGGCCCCCUUUGACUUCCUCAAGGCCUGGGGCCAGCUGAAUGAUCUGGAGAUGUGGCUACAAAAGACUCCCGUCAGAGAGAGAACCAGCUGUAGCACCAGCAGCAGCUCAACCUUCUCCAUUGAGAAAAUCGAUGAGUCUGAGUUAGACAUGGCUCUGGGGGAAGAGGUGGGCCACGAGGAGGGGGAGGAAGAGCGGGCUAAGACGGAUGAACUGAGCGGCUGGCUCAUCACCCCGGCAACUGUUGCCAAGGAAACCACCAGCAAGAGCUGCCAAGCAUCUGAACCUGACAGGUGGAAGCAUAUCUUCAAACCUUUCCAGGAGGGCUUCUCCUCCAGCGAGUGGCUGCUCAAAUCCGACUGCGGAUCGUGCUGUGCGACCCACACCAAGCCUGUGGCGAUUGAGAACCUGGGCAAACUCUUGUGCCUGAAGACCCUCCCAGCCUCAGCAGCCAUCACCCCCGCCACCACCACACCCCAAACCCCCAACACACCCAGCUCUGUGGAGAUCUGGCUGCAGCAGGCUAUUCCAGUACAGCAGUCGUGCAAAGCCAACGAGUCCUGCUCCAGCUACUCUCAGUGUGUGUGUGACAAGAACUGCGGCAAAGAAGCCCUCUGCGCCUGGCUCCUCAAGAAGGAGGGUCGGGACAAGAACGGGGUCUCUGUGGACAAGAACAACCCCAGCAAGCAGUCCAUCCUCGACUAUCAAGAACAAGAACAGAAGGUUCAGGCCAUCCUGGAGGCCUGGCUCUACCCUAGCGAGCCUCGUAAGACCAUGGGCUCCACAUCCCCAGUCAUGUCAUCCCUCUCAGCCUGGUUGUCUCCACCAGCCUCCCAGGGUGAAAAGGCCAGCAUGGAGGAACACAGCUCCCAGUUCAAUGGCCCCAAGUCAGAAAGUCCUUUAAGCAAACCACUGCAGCCAGAGUGCUGGGUUUUACCUGAGAAUACACACAGUAGCACCGCUGCCACACCGAGUCAGGAGACGACAAAGGAGCAACCCAGCACAGAACCAGAGGAAGACAAGUGGCUUCUACGCAAGAGGGCCAAUGCUCAGGAGCGACUUGCCCCUUCCACAGUAUGUGAUCUAUUUUCCUGUAUGAAAAUCGGUGGAGACAAAGAGAAGUGGCUACACAGGGUCCCUAUACAGAUGUGACAAGUAUAUCCAGUAGUGUGCUGAUCUUCGCACACAAUGUCUUGCUUUGCCUUUUCCUCCAAUUCUCUUCUGGGACUGGGCUUUUUUUCUUUUCCUUUCCUUUGUUGUCAUGGAGAUAUGCCUCCCAACCCCAGUCUGAAGUAGACUGGGGUUACUGGAGCUACUACCAUUAUCUGAUUGUUCUGUGCAUUUAGGUCUGAUGGAAUUCUGUGAAUUUGCCUUCAAUAAUCACAGUAGAGUUGUCAAUACCUUGUCAUGCUAGCAAGAUUAGCCUUGGGCUCUAAAUCGAAUCUGCAGUGUGACUGAGAAUCACUAGUCCCGUAAGGACCAGCUCACAUGAAUAUGUAACAUUAUUUUCCUUUAGUUUGAGGAUGAUGUGAGGCAGGAGGUUUGGGUGCGACAGAAAUAAGAGAUCUGAAUCAACCAUAAUUUAGGAACGCUUGUUUUUGUGGAAUGUGGUAAAGUGUAUGUCACUAAUAUGAAUGGCUGGUCUUUGUAGUGACUAUGCCUUGUGGGUAUUUGGUUAACCCACAGAUUCAAAUAAUAGUAUCAAGCAAUGUAUGCAAGGCCAUUAUUUUCAUUGUAAAUGUCUUCUUCUGAUCAUUCAAGCUAAACCUAAAGGCAUUGCCAAUACAUCUACCCUUAUUGCACUAACAUAACUCUAUAGUUCUGGUUUAUGUGCCUAAAGUUUGCUUCAUUGUAUUUAGCGGAUACAUUGUGAAAACAGGGUCGGCUUGCCUCCUAUAUAUCACCUGUGUGUUGAUCUUCACUGCUGUGCAAGUGUUUUCAUGUUACAAAAGAUGCCAGCUGAAAGCGUUGUGCCCAAUAUCGAGUUUCCAUUGAUACGACUUUCGAUUGGCUGAAUCCAAUGAAGAAAACAUCUACCGCGUAAUAAUUUUAGUACCCACCAAAAGAACAUGUACUUGAUGACCAUUGAUGUGUAUGUCUUUCUGCAUAAUACCGCUUUAGCUGUCUCGCCAUAGUGCUUAGAACAAAGAUUCUUCAAAAUGUGUACAUGGCUCUUUGCGAAGGAGAGUUGGAGAGGAGAAACACCAUAGACGGGUUGGUUGUUUAGCAACAAAACCGACGGGUGCGCAACUAUGGGUCAAAACAAACAGGUUUGGUUUAGAUUGUUGACAACAUGUAAACUAUAUUUAGUCUCAAUGUUUAUUGAAAAGCAAAUGCAUUUGCACAAUGAGCACUUAGUUACAUUUGUUAGUUAGCGAAUUUGAGCCAUAUUUGCUUUGACCUGAAAUCAGUCAAAACACAUCAAAACAAUAAAUGGUAUAAAUAAGAUGCGAGCCUACGAUUCCCCACACGACAGCUUUGUCAUUGUUGCUAGCUAUCUGACCAUUCAGUCAUGAUGUGCGGCUUCCGGACACAUCGAUGCGCACAUCAGUUUCUUGACAUCAGCCAACCCGUCUAUGGUGCUCGAUGAAUGGUUCUAGUGUGUGAUACUAGGACUUGGUUUUUCAGUUCAUCUGGUGUGCCUGUGCAAAUGCUUUGUACCACAAAGUAGAACUAUCCAUAUGAUCACUUGUGUUAUGCUCUCUGGAGUGCUACCUGUACCAUAAUUAACUCUUAAUAAAAACAAGAAAACCUUGA